AAAAUGAUUUGCCCCUAUGAGGCACCCCACUAGUCUGAAUUGUAAUUUCCACCAUUGCUGUGCCGCCGGCUAGUAUAUAAACCUGCAUUCGCUCAAUGAGGCCUUGAGGACUGGAACUCUCUGUCUCUCUUUCUGACCUCCAUGAUGACACACUCACACAAUGACUUCUACGCUCCCGGCUCUGAUAUGCUUCUGCUCUCGAGCGACGAUGUCAAAUUCUGCGUCCACCGUUGCAUACUAGCGGCCGCCUCUCCAUUCUUUGAACAUAUGUUUGCAUUGCCCCAGCCCCCUGACGAUCCAAAAAACGAGGAACGUCGUCCCAUGAUCCCCGUGUCGGAGCCUAGCUCAAUCGUGCACACACUUCUGUGUUUCGUUUACCCCAUACCUCAUCCCACCAUUUCAUCACUCGACGAACUCAGCACUAUUCUCGGAGUCGCAGUCAAAUACGAUUUCCUUGGCGUCGUCUUCUCUCUUCGCAAGCAGCUUAUCUCCCCCGCAUAUUUGAGAGAUGAUCCAGUGCGAGUAUUCGCAAUCGCGAGUCGUUACGACUUUGAGGAUGAAGCUCAGGUUGCGUCCCGACACACGCUCUCCACCAACAUCCUUGACUGUCCAUUGUCGGAUGACUUCCGCUUCAUCACAGCCCACUCUUACCAUCGCCUCCUCGUCUUGCACAAGAAACGGUCGAAGGACGCCCAAGCGCUCCUGAAGAUUCCAGAAGACGUGAAGUGCCUACAGUGCUCAGGGCCUUAUUAUGGAGCGUUUGUACCGCCAAAGUGGUGGAAAGAGUUUGAAAGAAUGGCAAGAGCGGAACUGGAAACACGGGCAACCACAGACAUUAUCUUCAGCAUGCCAUUCUUUGCACGGGCCGCCGAUGCGUCAGGAUGCGCGCGAUGUGCGAGUAGCAUUCUGGACUCGCAUCAAUUUUUGUCAGAUCUCAAACGACAGAUCGACGAACUUCCUGCUACUAUAUGAUUAUUUCUUCUUCACGACUAUCACGACUAUCACGACACAAUCAUUGUCACAUAAUCUAGGACUUUUCAGGGACGUUCUUUACAUGCGCCAUUCUGCGUUAAUAUCCUUAAAACUUUACUCCCGCGACAUUGACUCGCCACUACUCUUUCUUAAACCAAUUUAUGUU